GCUAGGGUCGCAAGAACAUCGCAGUUUGUUCAGAAGGUCUACAUUUUACGAGUUUCACGAAAUGACCUCACCGCUGGAAAACCUGGAAAACCAUCUGGAGAUGUUCAUUGAGAACGUACGCCAGAUACGCAUCAUCGUCAGUGACUUCCAGCCCCAGGGGCAGAAUGUGCUCAAUCAAAAGAUCCAAUCGCUCGUCACCGGACUGCAGGAGAUCGACAAGCUGAAGCACCAGAUCGACGUGAACGUACCGCUGGAAGUGUUCGACUACAUCGACCAGGGCCGGAACCCGCAGCUCUACACGAAGGACUGCAUCGAUAAGGCGCUAACGAAGAACGAAGAGGUGAAGGGCAAGAUAGAUUCGUACCGCAAGUUUAAGAGCAACCUAAUGAAGGAGCUAAGCGAAACAUUCCCCGUGGAAAUCAGCAAGUACAAGGCGAUCCGGGGUGACGAAUAGUAACGGGAAGCAAUGUGCACGGUCGGGCGAUGGAGGCCGGAUGGCAACCCGUACUGCAUGUGACGCGAAACCCUUGCCGUUGGGUGUAUCGAUAUGUGCGUACUAGAAGUAUCUUUUUUAAUAUAGAUAAGACAUGCUUCAGUGUGUUUGAUAACAUGUGUUUUAUUUAUUUUACAACAUUGAAUAAAUUCUGUCCUAAUCCUA